ACAUUAGCCUUCUACAUAGCUGGUAUGCCGUGGAUGUUUUUGUUGCGACAUAAACCCUACAGAACGAUCGUGUUCAAAUAUGUCAAUCUACGAAAACACUCGACAAGUGGAGUGACCGAUGUUCGUGUGCUACAAACGGUGAACGGUAAAGAGAUCAUUAUGGAACCAACGCAAAAGGAUUACUUCGAUAGGCUGCAAAAGGACUGGCACAGACCAAGACGUGUGCGCAGUAUCACCUAA